AAGAAUUUGAGUGGGGAGGGGCCACUGUUGGUGUUAAAAACACUGCCUUUUUCAACUUUGACAGGCUAUACUAGAUCAAUCUUGUUGACCAAUUCUAGCAAACUGGCCCUCCACUCUCUGCAAAUUUAGCCAAAUCCUGUCUUGUACGUUUAAUAACCCACAGAGAUCAUCUCCAUUUGUAAUUCUCGUGCUCAUACACUUGUAAUCAUGGCUCCCAAACUUGUUCCAUCUCUUGCUACCACUGCUCUUGCUGCUGUGCUAUUCCAUUUUUUCUUGAAGAGAAGAAGAUCAAGGGAGAUCAAUGGACGGGAGGCAAAUGACAGCGCAGCUGCAAACGAUGGAACAGCAGGAGGCGCUUCUUCUACUCACACUUCAACAGGAUUACCUGAAGUGCCUACUCCAUCAGGAGCAAAUAAGGAUGCAGCUGCAAACAACGGAACAACAGGAGGCGAUUCUGGUACUCGCACUUCAACAGGAGUACCUGAAAUGGAUACUUCAUCAGGACCAGCUAUGGAUGCAGCUGCAAGCCAUGGAACUGCAGGAGGCAAUUCUGGUACUCACACUUCAUCGGAAGUACGUGAAAUGGCUUCUUCAUCAGAAGCAAAUAUGGAUGCGGCUGCAAACGAUGGAACAGCAAGAGGCCAUUCUGGAACUCGCCCUUCAACAGUAGUUCCUGAAAUGGCUACUUCAUCAGGACCAGCUAAGGAUGCAGCUGCAAACGAUGGAACAGCAGGAUGCGCUUCUUCUGCUCACACUUCAACCGGAGUACCUGAAGUGGCUACUCCAUCAGGAGCAAAUAAGGAUGCAGCUACAAACGAUGGAACAACAAGAGGCGAUCCUGGUACUCGCACUUCAACAGGAGUACCAGAAAUGGCUACUUCAUCAGGACCAGCUAUGGAUGCAGCUGCAAGCCAUGGAACAGCAGGAGGGGAUUCUGGUACUCACACUUCAUCAGGAGUACGUGAAAUGGCUUCUUCAUCAGGAGCAAAUAGGGAUGCAGCUGCAAACGAUGGAAUUGCAAGUGGCGAUCCCGAUAGUCACACUUCAACUGGAGUACCUGAAAUGGAUACUCCGUCAAAAAUUGACCAUGAAGUAUUCUUGAGCUUCAGAGGACUAGAUACUCGAGACAAUUUUACCGACCACCUUUACCAUGAACUUUUGCAAGCAAAAGUCCACACAUUUAAGGACGAUGAAUGUCUCCGCAAAGGGGAAGAGUUUGCCUUAAAUCUUCUCCAAGCAAUUGAGCAGUCGAAGAUUUUAAUACCUAUCUUCUCCAAAAAUUAUGCCUCUAGUCCAUGGUGUCUCAAGGAGGUAGCCAAGAUGGUUGAGGGCAUGAAGAAUCGGGGACAAAAGAUCAUCCCUAUUUUUUAUCAUGUGGAGCCUGCAGACGUUAGGCACCAAAGAGGGGAUUAUGAAGAGGCCUUUCUUGAACACGAAAAAAAGCAGCGAUUUGACCCAAAGACCAUCGGAGAGUGGAGGGAUGCUCUCAAAGCAGUGGCGGAUAUAAACGGACACAGCCUACAAAACGUGGUCAACAGGCGAGAAGGUGAGUUCGUGAAAAAAUUCACGCGGGAGAUUUGCAAGGAGUUGGAAAAGGCUUCUCUGGAAGUAUCAGACUACUUCGUCCCUGUCGACAACCUUGUGGAUGAAAUCAUGAAAAAUAUAGAUGUUGGGACAAGUGAAACGAGGAUUAUAGGAAUUUACGGGAUGAGUGGCAUCGGAAAGACGACUCUUGCCAAAAUCAUCUUCAAUAAGUUAUUGUGUGACUUUGAGAAGUGUUGCUUUCUUGGCAAUAUUCAAGAAACAUCAAAAAAUAAUGGCAUUCCAUGCUUGCAGAAGCAGCUCAUCUCUGACAUCGUCAAAACGGAAUACGAUAUAAGAGACGACAAAAAAGGAACUCAAAUGAUUAAACAGAAGUUGUUUCAGGAAAGAGUCCUCCUCCUCCUCGAUGAUGUGGAGCAAAUGGAUCAUAUUAAUGCACUUGCACUUGCAAGUGACCGUGAUUGGUUAGGCAGAGGGAGCAAAAUUAUUAUUACUACCAGAAUGGAAGGUGUUCUCAAUUUUUCGAAAGUGGACUGGAGGUAUGAGCUUCCAUGCAUGGAUGGGGAUCAAUCUCUUCAACUUUUUAGCAAACAUGCCUUUAGAAGAGAUUCUCCUUUAAACAAGGAUAUCAAGUUUUCAAAAAGGGCGACAAAAAUUGCUGGAGGUCUUCCGCUCGCUCUUGAGGUCAUUGGUGGACUUUUAUUUGGAAUUGAUAAGAAAGAGUGGGAUGGCACGUUGAAGAUGCUAGAAAGUGUUCCCAAUGAUGAGCUUAUGGGUAAGUUGAAAAUAAGUUAUGAUCGAUUAAGUCCAAAACAAAAGGAUAUAUUCCUCGAUAUAGCUUGUUUUUUCAGUGGAUAUGACACAGAUAUUCUAGUUCAUUUCUGGAAUGAACAUGAAUAUCCACCGGAAGUAAACUUGAAAGUUUUGCGGAACAUGUGUUUGAUAAAGAUUAAUGAGGAUAACGAAGUGUGGAUGCAUGAUCAGCUCAGAAACCUUGGAAGAAAAAUGGUUUUAGACAAAAGUGAAGAGAAAAUAGAGAAGCAAACUAGGGUGUGGGAUCCUAAGGAAGGAUUGGAUUUGCUGACUAAAUAUAAGGGACCAAAAGAAGCGGAAGUUCUGCGUCUCAACUUACAGCAUCAGCCGCGGUAUCCUAUUACCUAUGAGGGCUUUGAGAACCUAUCAAAUCUGAGGUUUCUUGAAGUGAAAGGUUCCAAGAACAAUUUUCGUGCAAAAGAAGCUCUUAAGAUUGAUCCUUCAGGGCUGCGUAACCGGUUUGACGGUGGGGGGCAGGACCAUUUGACCUAUGAAGGCUCUACAGGACAAUCAAAUCAAAUGUUCCUUGCAGACGAGACGCUUCUUUGGCUCGAAUUGUCAUCAAAUGUUCUUCAAACUCAUGAUUUUCUGGAGAAUUCAUCUCUCCUUACAAAAUUACGAUGGCUCUCCUGGCAUAACAUUCCCACAAAUUUUAAUAUUACACAUUUCUCUAUGGAGGAUGUGGUCAUUCUUGAUCUAUCCUAUAGCGAAAUUACGCAUGAUUGGAAGGGGUGGAGCUACAUGGAGGUGAUGACGAAUUUGAAAAUUCUAAAUCUGACAGGUUGCGAUAAUUUGGAGAGAACCCCCAAUUUCUCUGCUCUUGCGAAUUUAGAACGUUUGAGCCUAUGUUACUGUGGAAGAUUAGUUGAAAUCGAUGGGUCGAUUUGUCGGUUGAAUCGCCUAGUUUCCUUAGACCUAGGGCAUUGUCCGAAUCUUCAAAGGCUUCCAGACGAGCUGGGUAGACAUCUUGAAAGCCUUGAAUACUUAUCUCUAGCAUCGUGCGAUAGGUUGGAGAGGCUUCCGGAUUCAUUCGAAGGUUUGACAUCACUGGUCAAGUUGGAUAUAUCUAGCAGGGCGAUCAAAGAAUUACCUAAUUCAAUUGGAAAGUUGGGAAAUUUGAAAAAAGUGGAUAUGGGUACGAUGAGCAAAAUACCCGAUGUCCUCUGGACGAUGGACACGCUCGAAGAAGUAGUUGCCGCAUGUACAAGCUCUUGUGAAGUCCAUGUGAACAUCGGCAAUUGCAACCGCUUGAGGAUCUUGGGGUUGACGUCAGCGAAAAUAUGCUCAAUAUCAAGGCUUCCUGAAAGUCUUAUCGAAUUAGGGCUGUCUAAGUUGCAGAAGGACACGUUUCCGGAUGUCUCGCACCUGACCAAUUUAAAGAAAUUGUAUCUGGGGUUUGGCUCUCAUCAUGGGACCGCCUCCCCAGCAGAACCCCCCUCCCCAAUAGACCUUCGUCUCCCUCCUCAACUCCACUCACUUCGCCUCCAGGGCUUAAAUCUGCAUCACAUCCCGACGCCUCCUUCGACUUUCUCCUCCUUGUAUCUGGACAAUCGCAGGCCACUUUGCUUGAUGAGGGAUCUAUCGAGUUUGAAGAAACUAUCAUAUCUCUAUAUUUCUCACGGUGCAAUUACAGAGAUUAAAGGCCUCAGUUGUUUGGAGAACCUAGUAGAGGUGCACCUUUAUGAACUCGGUCAGCUGGAGAUGCUACCCGAUUUGAGCAAGUUAAACAAUCUACGGGGUGUCUCAAUAGAGCAUUGUGGUAAUCUGGUGGAGAUUCAAGGCGAAGAACUACCACGGUCUUUAGGUUUUUUCCAUAUUCUAGGCUGUCGUUCGUUACAGAGGUUGCCCGAUCUGUCACGCUUGACGGGUAAGAAAGGUUUUAGUUUGCAAAAUUGCUAUAAAUUGAAUGUGGAGGCAGUUCUUGCAUUUGCUCGGAAGAAUCCACGAGAAGUGUCCCUUAAUGGCUUUGAAAAUCUGCAGUUCCUACCUGAUAUGAGUAAUUGGAACGAACUAACACAUCUUAGUAUAACAAAUUGUGCUAAUCUGGUCGAGGUCCAAGGCGAACUGCCACAAAGUUUGGAAAUACUGUGGAUUUCGUUAUGUAAAUCUUUACAGAAGUUGCCUGAUCUGUCGAGCUUGAAGGAAUUGGAAUGUGUUCACAUAAAUGAUUGCAAAAAAUUAAAUGGUGAGGCAAUUCUUAGUUUUGCUCGGAUGAACGUGCAAUGUUUGCUGCUUUUUGGUCUUGGGCAGGUGGAAAUAUUACCUGAUCUAAGUAAUUCGAACAAACUACGGCGUCUUAUAUUAAAAGAGUGUGAUAAUCUGGCUGAGAUUCAAGGCGACCUACCACAAUCUUUGCGAGAAUUGCGGAUUUUGUCGUGUAACUCUUUAGAGAAGUUGCCUGAUCUGUCAAGCAUGAAGGAAUUGGAAUAUGUUGACAUAGAAGGUUGCGAAAAAUUAAAUCGGGAGGCAAUUCUUAGUUUUACUCGGAUGAACCUGCAACAUUUGCGGCUUUCUGGCCUUGGACAGGUGGAAAUAUUACCUGAUCUAAGUAAUUCGAACAAACUAUGGCUUCUUAUAUUAGAAAAGUGUGAUAAUCUGGCUGAGAUUCAAGGCGACCUACCACAAUCUUUGCGAAAAUUGCGGAUUUUGUCGUGUAACUCUUUAGAGAAGUUGCCUGAUCUGUCAAGCAUGAAGGAAUUGGAAUAUGUUGACAUAGAAGGUUGCGAAAAAUUAAAUCGGGAGGCAAUUCUUAGUUUUGCUCGAAUGAACCUGCAACGUUUGCGGCUUUCUGGCCUUGGACAGGUGGAAAUAUUACCUGAUCUAAGUAAUUCGAACAAAUUAAGCCAUCUUGCACUGGAAAAGUGUGAUAAUCUGGUUGAGAUUCAAGGGGAACUACCACAAUCUUUGCAAGAAUUGCGGAUUACGUCGUGUAACUCUUUAGAGAAGUUGCCUGAUCUGUUAAGCGUGAAGGAACCGCAUCAGGUUUACUCAGAAGAUUGCAAGGAAUUAAAGGGGGAGGCAAUUCUUAGCUCUGCUCAGAGAAGUCAGGCGAAUUUAUGGGAGAACCUAGGACAUUUGCAGAUUUGGGGCCUUGGACAGGUAGAGACACUACCUGAUCUAAGAAAUUUUAACAAAUUAAGAUAUCUUGGAGUAAGAAACUGUGAAAAUCUGGUUGAAAUUCAAGGUGAACUACCAGAGUCUUUGGAGUUGUUGUUGAUUUCUUCGUGUGGAUCGUUACAAAAGUUGCCUGACUUGUCGAGCUUGAUGAGACUGCGAAAGGUUGCAAUAUGUCAUUGCGGGAAAUUAGAUGUGAAGGCAAUUUCUUCGCUUUGCUCGGACAAGUCAGUUGAAGUUGUGGGAGGAGAUGAUGAAUCUGGAUUUGAAUCUGAGUGGCGGAAGAUGAACUGGUGGGAAAGGCGCCAUUGAAAGCUUCUUGAUCCACCACCACAAAUUGUUUCCUUGUGUUCAAACUUUAAACAAAAUCAGGUCAUAUUACUAUGGUUCUCAUCCUGGAACUUUUCAGCAUAAUCAACUCAUCAUUGCAACUGUGAAGAAGACACGCUCUAUAUUGAUAUGCUUAUGUUCAGUUCAGUUUCCAGGAAAGGUGCUCUUCUUACUGGGAUUUGCAUAUGUUGGGGAGAAAGUUAUAAAAUGAUGAAAGACGAAUUUCACUUGGGUAGCUGCAGCAAUAGUUUGCACAGCAAAACUUUCUUCUGUGACAGGAGAGAGGAGGUACUUAGUUUCUCCGAGGGUGUUGUGGCUAAUUGGGUAGCUGUACAAAUGAAGACCAAACAAAGGAAGAGGAAGAUGGCAUUUAAUGUUGACUAAAUUCCCUUUCACAAUCUUGGGGUGAUAAACUGUGCAUUCAUCUGUUGAAGAUGGAAACGUAAAUACAAGUGAGGGAAGUCAUUACUUUAAUGUCAACUAAGUUCCCUUUCACACUCUUGGGGUGGAAAACUGUGCAUUCAUCUGUUGAGAAACAAAAACUUGAAGAUUAGUGAGGGAAGUCGCUGCGUGGUGAUGAAAUCGUUCAAUCCAACGAACUCGAUAUGAAGUUUCAGUUGAAUUGUUCGCCCUUUUUUCAGCGAAAUCAAUAGAGCAGGGCAGAGGAAUUCAUUUUGCAAUUUUGUCUAAAAGUGUGUUCUCUUUAUUGAUAUGCGAUAGAACAUGCUUAUCAGUACUCAAAUGUUCUUUUACGAGGAUAUACUUGAAGGGCUUGUCUGGACAGUGAGAAAAAUUGUGUGCUUAUAAUGAUGUUCAAGGUAGUCUUACUUGCACCUGCCAAAACCAGUUCAUGGACCUUUUGAUGUGAAGAUGGUGCUCAAGGUAGUCUUACUCAUGAGUAUGAUAGGCACUCACAACACAUUAAACACAAAUUGUUGGAAUUCAUGGAACAGGCAGCAUUGGAGAAUUGACACUCGCCAGGAUGAUCGACGAUCAGCUUUCACAUGGUUUUGAGCACUAUUACUUUCCUGCUAACAUCCAUAAAACUUGACAACUCAAGGGCAUUGAGUACUCGUGGAAUCAACUCAUCUUCAAUGUCCUCAAAAGUAAAUCGACAGAAAUAAGCAAUGUAAACAAUGGGAUCAAGACAGUUCAAGAUAGGCCAUCUGGUAAAAGAGUUCUGGUCCUUUUUUAUGAUUUGAUCAGGAGAAUUAAUUGAAUGCACUCAUGGGUGACAGAAAAAAAUAGUCAGAAGUUACUGAACUAUUCAGUGGUGAAUAUCAAGCUCUGAAGGAUCUCGAAAUUCUCAGCGCUUUGCAUUGUUGAUCACUGAAGAUAAUCACUUCCAUUGGUUACUUGACAUUUGUAUCGAGGCUCUCUCUCCGAAGUACCAUAAUUACACAACCUCCCUUGUCGAUGGGAGCUCUUACUAGCCUUGAAUACUUGCCUUUGUAAGAAUGUAUAGAGAGGCUUCCUAAUAUCUCCUACACGCUCAUUAAAGAGCUACCCAAUCCAAUGUGCCUUGUUGAUGCAGUAAAAGCUAAAAGAAAUGGGUGCAGAACAGGGUGAAAACUUGCAACUGGAAAUUCCAAAUGAUUUGUAUUUGGCCAUUCGACCAGAUGCUUACCCAAUGGAUAAAGUGUCAACUUGUGGAAGAUCCGAUGCCAUGGUGGGUUGUGAGAUUAAAUGAACGGGAGCCUUUGACCUUAUUGUCUGCCGUUGUAACCACUUCAUCAAUAGAUAUUAGUCAGCUUUCUCAACUCAAAAGAUUUGAACUCCGGUGCUAAGGCAUUCCUCAAUUUUAUCUUAUUUACGUGUUGAAUCUUGCUGGACGGUGAGACCAAUGACGGAUCUAGUCAGAACUGAGAAUUUAUAAGCCUGCAAUAAUGGAGAUUCAAGGCCCUGUCUGUCUGGGAGAAUCUAAAAAUUAUGGAGCUCUUUGAUCUUGAACUAUGGGAGAGUUUUCCUGAAAUGACUCGUUUGAAGAAGUUAGAGUCAGUUCCACUAUAUUGUUAUGUUAGUAUGCAUUUGCUCAUCGCAAACUACUAGAAUCUCUGGAAUAAUUGUUGAUUGAAGGCCUUGUCAUCCUUGACGUAAGUUGAUAUGAUUGAAAUACUUUGCAGAGAGGGAUAACAUCUGGGAGGCCUCUGACCAUUUCAACUUGAAGAGGUCCAAAUUAUGCAACGCCUGGCAUUGCUUAGGAGAUUCGGCCAUUCCUCGAAAAUUUAGAAGACAUUGCUUAGGAGUACAUUUUCCAAUACGAAGUGCACGUGAUUCUUGAAAGGUCCUGCAUUUACAGCCAAAUCUAUGUUCAAGGAAGCUUUGAAACUCAAAACAAAUUGCUUAUUUCUGUAUGUCACAUCAGCAGAUGUUCGUUAUUGUCUUUCAAGGAAUUGUGUUUUCUAUAAUAAAUUAGAAUCAAAAUAUGGCAAGUUAACGUGAAAUAUGAUGUUCUUUUACCCUUGUGUAGUUAAUUACAGGCCGUUUUCGCAACCACUUUC